ACCCCGAUCGGGACCUGAUUCCUCGUUGGUGCCCCGGCCGACCCGUCCUGGCGUCUCCUGUUUGUUGUUCGUUCCUUCCGGUGGUGUCGUUUUGCCACGAUGGCGGAAGGGUGCUGCGGCAAUCCGGGCCUCCGUCCCUGCAAGCAAACACCGGGACCGGGCCGGAGGGCGGCGGAGCAUCGCUCGGAGGGCGCUUCUUGCGCCGGUGUGUGUCUUUCCCCAGGAGACAAUGGCACGCAAGCAGCCGCAACAGGAACAGAAACAACGGCAGCAGCAACAGCAACACCGACUUCAACGCCACCACACGAUCCGUGGACCUACCACACUCGCGCAAACCAUCAUCAACAACAACAACAACAACAAACCCGCCACCUGGAGUUCCCCCUGGGCGGAUUCGGGACUGGCAACGUCUUGCUCACGGGAGACGGGAGGCUCGACGGGUGGGACGUCCUCAACCAGUUCCGCAACCCCGAGUACACCCCCCUCCAUUCGCUGCCGGUGCUGCCGGGGGACGACGGGACCGGGAGCAAUUGCUGGGCGAUCUCCGCCGUCCCGGACGGCGACGAGAACCCGGGAGCCUCCCGCCGGUCGCUCCUCCUGCGGUCCGCCGAUCGUGGUGGCGGAAGCCCUCCGCGGACGCACGGAUCUCCGGACGCGAGCCCGGUGCCUGCCUGCGUCCCGGGCCUGGCCUUCCGCGCCAGGUAUCCGAUCGCGGAGGUCUCUUACGAGACCCCCCCGUCCUUUCCCCUGGGGGACGUCUCGCUCGAGGCGAUGACCCCGCUGGUGCCGACCGCCACGAAGGAGUCGAGCUACCCGAUGGCGGUCUUUGCGAUCUCCUUUUCGAACACGCACCCGACCCGGACGGUCUCCGUCGACGUGAUGCAAUCGACCCUCAACUUUGUCGGGUGGGACGGCGGACGAGAGCGCGAACGCGAAAGCAAACGACACGGCUCGAGUGGCUGCACCGGAACGAAAGGGUCAUGGCCCGAUCGAACCGCGCGCCUCCCGGCCUGCCUGUGGGGGGGAAACACCAACCAGCCCUUUGCGCACACGGGUCCCCCCUCUCCCAGUGCCGGGAGCAAAAACGAGGACGGGAGCCGUCCCUCCCACGGCGAAACGAGCGACCGCCGCCGCCGCUCGUGCACCGGCCUGUUCCUGUACAGCCAGAACGGCGACCUGGAGGGGGACCUCUCCCGGAAGGGAUCCGUCGCCCUUUCCGCGAUCCAUCCCCCGGGGCCGGAGCCAGCGGCGUGUUCUCCGGCGAUCGGGCUCAUCGGGGGCGUCGGGUCCUCGGCCGAGCUCUUUCGCCGGUUCCGAGACCGCGACUUCGAGGCCCCCCCGGGGGCCGGACAGGCCGCCGGGCCACCCCCGUCGCGCGACGGGACCACCUACAUCGGUGCCGUCGUCCAGUCCUUCACGGGGAUUCCCCCCGGGGCGACCGUGGAGGCGGUCUUUUGCCUCUCCUGGCACUUUCCCUACCGGCCCUGCACGGCUCCCAGGGACAACCUCCCGGGCGACUGGUUCGGGAACCGAUACACCCAAUGGUUCGGAAACGCGAUGGAGGUGGCCUGCCGGUUCUGCGACACGUUUUCUACGGGGAUCGUUGCGGAGGCAGGCGCUUGCCUUGGAGCAGGCGCUGGCGGCCGCGAUCGCAAACACGACAACCAUUGUGGUGCCGGUGCCGGUGCGGAUGGAAACAAAAGCGAAAACAAAAACGAAAACGAAGAAGCCCCGGCUGUGAAUGCGACGAACGGCGAUGGCGCGAUGGCACAGAGCGAGAAGGGGACCGGGCAUGCGCUUGACACCAAGCCCCCCAAGAACCUGCUAGAACUCACGCGGCUCUACGUGGAAACCCUCUAUUCGUCCACGAUUCCCUGGGAGAUACUCGAGAGCGCCGCCGGGAGGGUGGCGGUGGCCCGCAGCCCGACGAUGUUCUGGACCGAAUCCGGAAUCGUGCUGGGGAACGAGGGAAACGAGUGCUGCCCGCUGAACUGCACACACGUCUACGGGUACACGACGCUGCUGGAGCGGCUCUUUCCCGAUCUUGCCAGGGACAUGCGGACGAGCGAUUUCGUCCGCAACUUCGACCUCUCCACCAAGGGAGGCUGCACCACCCGCUUCGGGGGAGACGACCCCUUUGCCAUCGAUGGCGGCCUGGCCUGCGUCAUCAAGACCUACCUCGUGGUCCUGCAAUCGGAUCCCGGGCUGGAAUUCUUGAAAUCGGUCUGGCCCGGCGUCAAGGGGCAGAUGGAAGAGGUCUUUGCCAAGCACCUGGACGCAAAGGCCGGGGUGAUCCUGGUUCCCCAGCAAAACACCUACGACACCGCAAUGGAGGGUGCCAACACCUUCAUCGGCUCGUACCUCGUAACGGCCCUGCGGGCCACCUCGGCGAUGGCGACCUGGAUGGGGGACGUCAAUUUCUCCAAAAAAUGCGAGAAGCAAGCCGAGGUUUCCCGUGCCAAGUACGAGGAGCUCUGCUGGAGGGAGGACCUCGGAUACUACGUUGCCGACGUGGACGAAACCAAUUGCCAGAACAGCUACGGCCCCGGUUGCUUCAUCGACCAGCUGGCGGCGAUCGGGCUCUCGGCGGCCUGCGGCCUCGGGCACGUCUUCGAUCCAGACCGCGAGGCGAGGGCCCGUAGGGCCAUCGUUCGGAACAACAAAGUGUCCUGCCCGCCCUUUCGGGACCAGCAGUGCCACCUGUUCCAGGGAGACUCGGGACUGAGGGUCUGUACCUACCCCAACGGAAAACUCGGCAGCGGGAUGGUGUACUCCGAUCUUGUUUCGAGCGGCUUUGCCUAUCCGGUGGCCGCCGGUUGCCUCCUGGACGGGAACUGGGAGGACGCCACGCGCAUCUGCCGGAUGAUUCGUGACCGGCAGUCGGGGGUCCACCGCAGCCCCUGGAAUGAGCCGGAAUGCGGCCAGUAUUAUGCCCGGAGCAUGGCCGGGUGGAACCUCCUGGACCAGGCCUGCGGAUUCUCCUACGACUCCACGAAGGCAGCCAUCGGUUUCCGACCGGGCAUACAUGCCACGUCGUUUUCGUGUUUCUGUACCUUUGCCGGGGGCUUUGGGGAAUUCCGACAAACCGGAACCACCACCACCGCAAACGGCACCGUCCUUGCCGAGGGGACGGUCCGGCUCGGGGUUCUCUACGGUUCCACAAAGUUGAAGACGAUUCGGUUGAACACCACCGCGCGCGUCGUGAAAGCCUCACUGGACGGCAAGAGCCUGGACGCAUCGAUCGACGCCACCGGCGCGGUUGCUCUCGCCUCCGAGAUUACCAUCGGAGAAGACUCGGUUUUGACACUGAUUCUGUCCGCUCCCAGUGGCCACGAAACCAAGGAAAGAACCUUUUAUCCGAACGGAGCAGCCACGCAGGAACCACCACCAACCCGGAAACAGCCAUCGUCCGUGUCGCCGUGCACGGUGUUUGCUCCCAUCCAAACAAAAGUGGCGGCCGCGAUCAUCCUGAUCGGUGCGAUCGUUGCAAUCCGCUUUGCUCUAUGUUCUUGCGGCGGUGCUCUUGGUUUCCUUCGCGCCUCAGAAUCAUAACGGCUCGGGCUCGACCGAGUUUAAGGAACGGGUUGCUGGCGUUGUACGGUUUUCUUUCUCUAGUUUUCGGGAGUUACAAAUGCUACUGGUACGCAGCAAAACAACAAGUAACACCUGCCCAUGACACCGCAACAAUAGUUUUAAACAAUUCUAUAGA